CACACACACACUCUUCAUUUCCGUUUCCGUGCAGUUUUUCUCUGCAGCUUUUCUCUCUGUAAUUUCAGCUCAGAGUCACAGAGUGAGUAUUAAGCGCUUAUAAGCGGUAGUAAGGGAGAAUGGGGGAUAUUGAGUCUCCGGAGAGGAGCGAGUCUCGCGCAGCUGGAGUGUUUUCGCUCUUAAUGAGUAAAGAACUAAUCGGAUCCAGAAAAGGACAACUUUUACUGGCAGAAGUGAUUUCGUCCUUCAUCAGUUUUGUGUGUUUUUGUGCUUCAUCAGCAGCAGUGUUCGUCACUGCUCCUCUCCUGGCCUUCAUCUCCUCUCUGCUCAUCUUCUUCGCUCACUCCAUCAAAUUCAACCAAAGAUUUAAAGGCUUUCACUGGCCAUUGAUGGAUUUUUUGCGCUGUAUCACUGCCUCCAUCGUCUUCUUCAUUAUCUCCAUCAUGGCUGUGUCGAAAUAUCCAGACGGAUCAUCUAAAGCUGCAGGAGUCUUCGGCUUCAUUGCCACCAUCGUGUUUGCCUUGGAUUUUUAUUUCAUCUUUAACGAGCUUGCUGACUUCCUGAAGGGCGGCGGCUCUAACGAGGAACCUCAGAACAAACAAGAUGCUGACUCAGACUCCGACUCGGAUUAGAGCUGUGACCGGACCUGAAGGACCCGGGAGAGGUGACCGCUCCAGCGCCUGAAGGGAAAUAAAGCAAACUGUGCAGUUUACAUUCAGGCUUACUAAUGGGAAACACACACAGACACACACAGACACACACACAGACACACACAGACACAGACACACAGACACACACACACACACACACAGACACACACACACACACAGACACACAAACACACACACAAACACACACAAACACACACAGACACACACACACACACACACACACACA